UGAAAUUUUAGCGCAGAACAAUCCGCGAGUCUCGAAAAAAGUAACCGCUUUCGUGAAAUAUAUCAACGUAGUCGGCUUGAUCCGAAUGUUCGAAUUUACAUUUAAAAAGUAACGUAUUCUCGGUGGGGCUUGGGGCACAGUGGGUCGAAGGAAAGGGUAACAGGUGGACUUAUUUCACAAGAUGAUUAUAACUUUGUUCAAUAACAAUCAUUUUAAGUAGUCCACAAAUAUAUAGCAUGUUAUUACAAACAAUUUAGUGUUAAAUAAUUUAGAACUAGUGUGGUUUUGUGGGUGCACGUAAUCAAAGUGACAUAAUUUCAAGUUUCUAUGAAAUAUGUAUAAUUUCCCUAAUGCGAACUGCAGUUCAAAGUUAAUCAUCAUUGCGGACCAUGAUGAAACUGUGAAAGUGAUUUACUGGAACAAAGGUUAUUUGUGUUGUACGUGAUUAUUUCUUAUUAUAUAUAUAUUAUAUAUAUAUAUGUAUAUAUAUAUACAUUUAUACUUUUCAUAUCAAAAUGCUCAUGCCGAUUUAUUCGUAUUAGUGAGUGCAGGGACCAAAGCGAAACAAUAAAUGCUUGCAAAUGCAAAGUUGUGGAAAGGGAUGGGACGACAAGAGAGUGAGACGGCGUUUGGUUGGUGUUGUUUGUUCAGUUCGCGAUUUUUGCAUUCGUAUUUAUCGUCUACUUCAUGGGAAGAAGAAGAAAUUGAGACGGACGUUGCGUUUCAAAAAGAGCGUUACAAUAUGAAGAAUUCAAUCGAAGAGAUCGGUGAAAAACGCAUACAACCAAUGUCCAAAAUGCAAGGCUGCAUGCACUCUUGCGGGAUUCGAUUACUAUAUUACGAUAGUAACUAUUAUUGUGGCCGACAUUGUGCGCCUGUGUAUCCUCAGACGGAUGUCUUUAGUGGGAAAUCACCUUGCGCCAGCUGCAACUGCAUCGCAUGUACAGCCCUGCACCGAUGCACUAUAUCUGCCAUAUAGUGCUUAGGGGUGGAAUAGUGCAGCUGACAUAUGUAUGUAGGAAUCUACCUGCGACAUAAUGCCGCUCGGUGGUUCUUACCUGCUCCUUGAGGAUCUCUGAUCACUGCCUUCUGUUGCUGUCGUAAUUCCUGCGUAGCCCAGUGAUCCUCGUUUCGGGACAGCUGCAAAAAUCAUGGAAUCGUCUGCACCGCGAGGUAAACAGCAAGGCAAAUGCACAUACACACACAAAUGAGUAAUGAUCGCGCACAGGAAGAAAUUCAAUGAUCGAUGUGGAUCCAAAAGAUUGCAUUCAGCUCUUCAAAGCUGUUUUGCGGGACAAGUUAGUUAGAGUUUGGGAUAUACUAUGUACUAGAACUAAAUCUGAGAUUUCUUACUGAUAUUACGUACUAAAAGAUCUGUAUCUGGA